AUGUUGAAACAGAGGAUUCUCUGCAGAGGUCUUCGCCUCAUGCACAUUCUGUCACUAUUAACCAUUCUGGUGAAGGGCGCCUCGCUGCCCGGUUCGGUUAGUAGCCAUGCGAAUGGAAAUUCGUCCACCGGACUAUCUUCCCUUCUUGUCCGGUACUUUUACGAAGGAACUUGGGACAGGAAUGGACUGAUACUCAAAACUACGACCUUCCCCCAAACUUGCUGCAGAAAUAUACAUUCCUCUACCAAUACUCCCAACUCACCACUAGGAACACAAGAGCGGGCUCUUGUCAUGAAGGACGUGGACGAAAUCAUAUCGGCUUACCAGACUUUGAGAGUGGAAGGAGAUAGGGCAGACGCACUGGAAAAAUUGACCGGCAUCGAAGAGCACUCAAAAAGGGAUACAUUGGCUGUGUUACAAGGUGGUUACCAGCAUCAGCGUGACACUAUGGCGCUUCACAAGGACGCACUUCGACUGCUCAAGGAGCUUCCACCGCUGCCCAAGGGCGAAAACACCGAGUAUCCUGCUUACAACCACAAUAUCCUCGAUGACGAAGACAACCGUCGGUUGAAUGAAUGGGUCGAACAACAGCGGCAGCAACCUCGACCUAUCCCCACCCUAUCCAGAUGGUCAUCAACGUCAGAAGCCAGCUCCAAGUAUUCGGAACAUACAGUAUACUCCUCUGACCCUCCUUCGUUAUACUACGGUGACUCGAGGUCAUCGUCGCGAAUGUCUGAUGCUUUGCCUGCCGAUCCAGCAUCUCCUCCAACACAAUACGCUUCCAGUAAGCCGAGCUCUACGCAAGGUACAAAACUCUUUUCCGCGGACGACAGAAUGAAGCCAAAACGCUACUACGCUUCUCUCGUAUCCUCCCGUACACAAUCGCCAGUGCGCCAAGUCAAAUCCCGCACCGAGUCUCCCAUACGCCAACUGGAUUCCCGCGCCAACUCUCCCAUGGGCCAGAUCCACUGCCUAACAGAGAUUGAGUCCCGGACGGAAACUCGCACAGAAUCCCCUAUUCGGCAGCCUCUCUCAGGCAGCCUCGCGCCAGCUUUCGCAUCGUCGCGUCCUCACACGCCCACAAGCACGGCCAGAAGCCCAUAUGGCAGCCGCAACGCAUCUCCCGAGCCGCGCGGCCGCUCCCGGCUCGACACAGCGCCCAUGCUGCACCUUCUCCGCCCUGUCGCCUCAAACUCACAGCUCUCCGUCACACCCUCUGUCAAAACGACAAUCACCACCGGCGCUCAGGAGAAAAUGAUGUACGGCCGCCCCUGCAAAGACAACGACUACUUUGGCUUCUGCCGCGGCUCCUGGGACACCCGGGAAGACGCGAGCAAAGGCCUUGUCCUCACAUCGCGCCCAGAAGGCAUGUUCAGCAGCAGCCAGGUGUGGCAAUGUCGACACUGCCUCUUCGAGGGCCCAUCACGUAGCGUUCCGCACCCGACGAAGAAGAACAAGAAGAAGGCAGUGCUAGACACCCAGAUUCACAUGUCUGCAACGGACAUCCGGUAUCGCUGGUCUUUUCUCGCGAAGUCGCACGUAAAGAAGAGCAGCUACUCGACGGCCGGGCGGGGCAGCGCGGGGGAGGAGGCUGAGUGUAAUUUUGGCUGUUUGAUAUGCAGUGUGGAAGGUACUGUGACGGGGAUUUACGGCGGCGUGGAGACGCUCAUGGAGCAUAUUGCGAACGAGCACGUGUAUGCGGGAAAUAUGAAUCACAUGACUAUGGUCAGGAGUAAGGUUGUUGUUGGGCGGACUGCGUGCGAAGAGGAGGAGUGGGAUGUUAAUAUUCCGAGUCAGGAGGGACUACUUUUCUGA